UGGAGGGGGAAAGAGAGGGGAGGGAGGUUUGACAGCUGGUAUGUCUCCGCUCCGUUCUUUACCGUCCAGUAGUCAGGCAGUCAGUGACUCAGUGGAUGUCGCAAGAACAGCUGAUCAACAAUGCGCUCUGCAAUCUCUUCUCAGUUUCAGCAGGACGGUUUUGUGGUGUUGGAAGAUUUCCUCACUGAGCAGGAAGUGAAUGAGCUAAAGCUAGCCGGAGAGAAGUUGGCACAAGAAGUACCAACAGAAUGUCGCAAAUGUGUUUUUAGUACCACUCAGACACCACAGAGCAAGGAAAAAUAUUUCUUAGAGAGUGGAGACAAGAUCAGUUAUUUCUUUGAGGCGGGAGCUGUGGACGAAGAUGGGAAUCUGCUGGUGGAUCAGUCAGUCUCUUUGAACAAGGUCGGACACGCUCUCCACUGGUUGCACCCUACAUUCCGCAGGGUGACAUUCUGUGAGAGGGUAAAGGAGGCUUGCUAUCAGCUGGGCAUGGAGGAUCCUUUGGUUGUACAGAGCAUGUAUAUAUACAAGAACCCUGGAGUUGGCAGUGAAGUGGUGGCCCAUCAAGAUGCCUCAUUCAUUCACACAGUGCCUAUGACGACAGUGGGGUUCUGGAUAGCUCUCGAGGAUGCAACUCUGGAGAAUGGCUGUCUGUGGUUUGUGCGAGGUUCCCAUCGUAGUGGUGUACAUCGAAGGUUUGUCCGUAAUCCUGACUCUGACUCACCAGACCUCUUUGUAUACGAUGCCCCUCCUCAGAUAUAUCCCAAUUCUGCGUUCCAUGCUGUGCCUGUCAGUAAAGGUGCAUGUAUUAUAAUCCACGGUCAAGUUGUCCAUAGGAGUGAUCACAACAGGUCCGACAAGUCCAGACAUGCCUACACAUUUCAUGUGUUCGAUGCCAAACACUCUACCUACUCCAAAGAUAACUGGCUACAAACAUCUGAGAAAUUCAAGUCAAUGUAUAAGAAUUUUUAGUUAUAUUACGUCCUUCAAAUGUCUGAAGACUUCAAAUCAAUGUAUAAGAAUUUUUAGUUAUAUCAUGUUACCUGAUGAGUGUUUAUUACACAUGAGAGAGCAGUUUGUAAACUUGUUACGAUCUCAAUAAAGGACUUUCAUUAAAUAUAUUAAUUUAACAUUACAUCACUAUCACAGUAAAAAAGUGUACAAAAUUACAAUUUUAUUUUAUAGCACAGAAAACUAUAAACAUUUUUAAACCUAUAGUCCUAACAAAUCCUAAAUUAUCAAUAGAGAAAGAUGACAUAAUUGCGAAGCUAGCUAACAAAAACGUAAAAUAGAACUGAUUGUUUAUUUUUAUUGAAAAGUUAUAAUAAAUAAAUUAUUGCAGCAAGGAAUUUUUUCCAGCUCAAUUUAAAAUAAUGCUAUAAUGUAUCUGAAGUGGAAAAAGGAACCUGCUACAAAAAGAAAUAGUUACUGACCACUUUUCUUCAAAAAGUCAUAGAAAAAAUUAUCUUAUAAUAUCCUUUACUCUACCUUAAGCAAAAUAACCUGUGUACAAAUCAUUGUUAUUUUUUUAAAGGGAGAUAAACAGCAACUGCUCUAAUACAACUUGUGGGUGGUUCACGAGAUUGAGAUUUUGUAGAUUGCAUCUAUCAUUAGUUCAAAGCUAAAAUGAGCCACAAACCAAAUAUCAGCCUCAUGAGCUCAGUACUAAAUCAGAUAAAUUGAGAUUAUCUUAACUUGGAAUUAUCUCUUAACCAGUUGACAGGAGGAUUCAAGGAUAUUUCUUCUUCUGAGAUUGGUAACAAGUCCACUACUGAGCCGAGGUGCUCCAGCUAGUUGUUUUGUUGACAAACUUUACAACUGUAAUUAUAGGGUGUGAGAGAUCGAAAAUUAAUUCCUGAUGACUUAAUUUGUUUUUAGUAUAGUUAAAAUGUAGUACAAUUAAUUUAUAAUAAUAAAUGUAUGUUUCGAUUAUACUGGACAGCUAUAUACUCUGUUCAGGAGUGAAACUAAUAUAUUACCAUGUGGAAUAAUAACUUUUAUAUUGCAUAAAUUUAUUUCCCUAAUGCUAGGCUGUACAUACACGAUUACAUUCCCAUGUAAUAUGCUGGGCGUUCGACUUAAAAGAGACUCCAUUGCUCAUUAGGUUGUACAAAAUUAAUUUUUUGUUGGAAAAUGCAUACACUUGUGUGAAACGGGACUGGAGCUGGAGUGGAGAUGGCUGUUUAUUCCCCGCAUAUUGCACAUUGCAGUUGAACCAUUGAACCACAGAACCAGUGAAGGUGAAGCAUUGAAGUUUGAACAAAGUGAGAUUAGGUUGUAUAUUAGUGUAUUGUUUGUUACAAUGCUUAACGUUGAAGAACUUGUAUUCGUGAUUGAAACUUAUUUAGUGACGACAUCUCUGUGUGUGUGUCAGCAACGAUUUUUUUAAACUGUGAAUGCUGCCCUCAGCCAAGACAUUAUCCAACCAUUUGUAGUCUUAUUGCAACAGGGUGAGCGUUAUUGCUAGAGGUGUGUGUUAUUUUACGUAACAGGAUAAACAACGGUGUUGCUGCUCAGCAACAGUUCUCCCCGCGACAUGUUGCAAUGAACUCCCUGUUAUUUUGGCAACGUGAUGACAACAAACAAUACAUUCAUUUUAUUAGUUGCCGGCAACGGUAAGAAUGACCUCGAAAUAGUCUAAAGCGGCAGAUUCGAAACACUCCAGCUAUUAUUUGAGCAAUGAGGUUAUAAUGAACAACAGAGUUGUAGUACGACCAUUAUCAUUUAAUUGCCAGAAAUAUAUCUACAGCUCGAUAAUAUUGGCUUGUACAUCAGUUUUACAAAGUCUUAGUGUAAUUUAUAUGUAGGGCCUAAAAGACAAAAUUAAUUGUUCAAUUACGUUUAAUACAAAAAAUGAAUUGUUCAUUUUAACUGUGUACAUGUGUGUUCAAUAGUUGAGUAAAGCUACUAGCCUAUAUGUGCAUUUUUAAGCUUACACAAUUAAAAAUCUGAAAAUAAUUUGUUUUUGUUAUUUUGUACUAAUUAAUUUUUUUAAUACGUAAUUCAAAUCCAUAUUAAUAGUUUUUAAUUGUAUAAUUAAUUCUCAAUGAUGGAAUUAUAUGAAUGUCUAAUAUUUAGAGAUAUAAUAAAACCAUAGUUAAGAGUUUUAUUAAAUGUUGCAAUGCUUUAUUGGUCCAAUAAGAUUGUGUAUUAAAAAUAUUUGUUUAUUAUAACAUAAAGAAUUUGAUAAAAAUGUGAGAUUAAUUUUGAAAGUUUGUUCUUAACUAUUCCAAAUUGUACUUUUAACUAUCUCAAAAUAAAUUAUAGUAACGAGGCUAAGCUAAAAUGAUAAAAUUCGAAUACGUUAUGAUAGUAACAAAUUCCUUGUUUUAGUACCGUAAUUUAUUGUAUUUCAAUAAUGUUCUAUAAGCAACAGCCACUGGAAAACGUUGUUCAAAGAACGUUGCACAAUGGAUAGACGGCCGACCAUUUCGCAAUGAUCAGUCGGCAACAGUGUUGCUGAAAUAAUAUGUUGUCGCAACCUGUUGUCAGCUGGCAGAAUAACAUCACAACGCGUUGCCGCCAAACAUCGACAAUUUCCAUCUCUAGUUACUCCUGGUUAAAAUAGGAUGGCGUCAGUUGCCAAACUGCUCGCUCUAGUAUGUAGAUGCUACAGAAUUUGUAUGCAAGAAUAAUUUCAACAGUAUUGUGGUCACCAUGAUCCCCUGAUCUGUCUGGUCUUGACUUCUUUUUGUGGAGGUACUUAAAAGAAAUUGUUUACACGGGUAAUCCUAAUAGUUUACAGGAAUUGAAGACAAACAUAACCAAUUCAACUAAUGAGAUUGACAUAGUACAGCAAAGAAGAGUUGCCAGGAACGUGUUGACAAGUGUAUAAAAUGGAUGGACGACAUUUUCAACAUUUGUUGUAAUUCAAUACAAUGUUAAUAAAUGUUAAGUGCUUGUCAAUAAAUAAAUUGUUAUUUACACAGA